AUGGAGAUUUCGAAGACCAAAAUAGCGGACCUGGUCCAAAUCGAGCCCAAAGACUUCAACAAGGACUCGAACAUGGCAAUCGAGGACAACAUAAACCUAAAAUAUUCGAAUAAAGUAAUCCAAAAAAUUGGGCUUUGCGUCUGCUUGUACGAUCUUCUAUCUGCUUCAGAUGGGCUUAUAGGUCAUGGCACUGGACUUAUCAACGUGAACGUGGAAUUCCGCAUGAUAGUCUUCCGCCCCUUCAAAAACGAAGUAAUCCUCGGCCGCAUCAGCAGCGCCAGACCACAAGGAAUCAACAGUCCGUACUCUCCCUUCCCCUCUUGUGUCUUUCCAAGACUAAAGCCAGCCACAGUCCGAACAAAAUUCUUCAAUGAAAUCUGGGUUCCGCUCGAGAAACUCCCAGCUGGAACAUACUUCGACGACACGGCCCAAGUAAUGAUCUGGGAACCCGACGGCGAGAAAAUGUACUUCGAUAACCACGAAACAGUGCGUUUCCGGGUAGAAGAGGAAGAGUGGAAUGAUGCUGCGCCUGUAGGACCAAAGAGGGAGGGCGUCGAGGUCGAGAGGAAGAGUCCGUAUAAGUUGGUUGUUAGUAUGGAGGAGCCGGGCAUGGGACCAUGUUUGUGGUGGGAUGAGGAUAUGGAGGGUGAAAUGGAAGUUGAUGGUUAG